GAGGCAGCCACCUCUUCACCGUUUAUCUCUAUAAAAGCCCACACAUACCUAGGUAUCAGCACAUCCCAAACAGAGUAUCCUGAGCGAGAGAGAGAGAGUUUGAUUGCAGAGCAAAUAGGUGGUGAUGCAGCAGAAAGGCAGGGCUUGUAACCGUAGAUCCAGGAGCUUUUCAAGAUCUCGCAUUGCCGUUGAGGGUUGGUAGUUAGCGUUUUCAUCACCAUCAUCUCCUUUCAAAAUCUUUUCUUUUUGAGAGAGAUCCCCUUCCUUUUCUUCAUUAUCUCUCUGCCUUGUUCAACAAAGUUCCUUUCAACAAUGGCUGCUCAUGUGGAAGAACGCGAGAUUCAAAAGAAGUAUUGGAUGGAUAACAUUUCUGAUUUGAGUGUGAAUGCGAUGAUGCUUGACUCCAAAGCAUCUGAACUUGACAAGGAAGAAAGACCUGAGAUACUUUCUCUGCUUCCACCAUAUGAAGGAAAAACAGUUUUGGAACUUGGAGCUGGUAUUGGCCGCUUCACUGGGGAAUUGGCACAGAAGGCCAGCCAAGUUGUGGCUCUGGACUUCAUUGAGAGUGCCAUAAAAAAGAAUGAAAAUAUUAAUGGACACUAUAAGAAUGUCAAGUUUAUGUGCGCUGAUGUGACAUCCCCAGAUCUGAAUUUUUCAGAGGGAUCAGUGGAUUUGAUAUUCUCAAAUUGGCUUCUCAUGUAUCUUUCCGACAAGGAGGUGGAGAAUCUGGUUGAAAGGAUGGUCAAAUGGCUAAAGGUUGGGGGGUUCAUUUUCUUUAGAGAGUCUUGUUUUCAUCAAUCUGGAGAUUCCAAGCGAAAAUACAACCCAACCCACUACCGUGAACCCAGAUUCUACACAAAGGUGUUUAAAGAAUGCCAUACAUUUGAUGGGUCUGGAAAUUCUUUUGAGCUUUCUCUAAUUGGCUGCAAAUGCAUUUCAGCUUAUGUGAAAAACAAAAAGAACCAGAAUCAGAUUUGUUGGAUAUGGCAGAAAGUCAGUUCAAAUGAUGAUAAGGGGUUCCAGCGAUUCUUAGAUAAUGUCCAAUAUAAAUCUAAUGGCAUAUUACGUUAUGAGCGCGUCUUUGGUCAAGGUUUUGUGAGCACAGGAGGAAUGGAGACAACUAAAGAAUUUGUGGAAAAGCUGGAUCUUAAGCCUGGCCAGAAAGUCCUAGAUGUUGGCUGUGGGAUUGGGGGAGGUGACUUUUACAUGGCUGAGAACUUUGAAGUGGAGGUUGUAGGCAUUGACCUCUCCGUAAAUAUGAUUUCAUUUGCUCUCGAACGUGCCAUUGGACUCAAAUGCUCUGUUGAGUUUGAAGUUGCUGAUUGCACUACGAAGACAUAUCCUGACAAUACUUUUGAUGUUAUCUACAGCCGGGACACCAUUUUGCACAUUCAAGACAAACCUGCAUUAUUUAGAUCUUUCUUCAAGUGGCUGAAGCCUGGAGGUAAAGUACUUAUCAGUGAUUACUGCAAGUGUGCUGGAACUCCAUCACCAGAAUUUGCAGAGUACAUUAAACAGAGAGGAUAUGAUCUUCAUGAUGUGAAAGCAUAUGGCCAGAUGCUUAGGGAUGCUGGUUUUGAUGAGGUCAUUGCAGAAGACCGAACUGAUCAGUUCAACCAAGUUCUGCUAAGGGAAUUAAAAGCUAUAGAAAAGGAGAAGGAUGAAUUUAUCCAUGACUUCUCUGAAGAAGACUAUAAUGAUAUAGUUGGUGGAUGGAAGGCAAAGCUGAUCAGGAGUUCAUCUGGCGAGCAGCGAUGGGGCCUGUUCAUUGCCAAGAAAAAAUGAUUCUUGGCUCCUGUAGCACGUUGCACUAUCCAUAUUAAAUAAGUGUCCUGGACACUAGUUGAUCUUUUCUUUGCAGUUGAAUUAUCCCAGCCGAUGGCUAAUGUGUGAACUAGUUUAUUUUACCUUUUUUUUUGUUGUCGUAAUAAUAAUAGAACUAUCCCAUCUUGUCACAGGAGUUUUAACUUGCAAGAUGUUCAAUAAGAUUGGAUACCAUCUUUCCUGAGUU